CACACCUCAUUUCGUUUUCUUUGUCUUGGCAUUCUUCCCUCCUCCUCCUAGCUCGCUCUCUGUUCGUCUCCUCUCUGCGGGCUACAUAUAUAGGACCUAGCUAGCACGGCCAUCUCCCAUGGCUCCACCUUCUUCUUUCAACCAAAACUCGAAGACAGUCUGUGUCAUGGACGCGUCUGGUCGCCUGGGAUCCGCCCUAGUACAACGCCUCUUGCAUCGAGGCUACACUGUCCACGCUGCAGUCCAAAACCAUGGUGAAAUAUUGAUGCAAUCAUUAGAAGGGGUAGCUGGUGAUCAUGAGAAAUUGAGGGUUUUUCAUUCAGAUCAUCUGGACUACCACAGCAUAAUGGAUGCCUUGAAGGGAUGCUCUGGAUUAUUUUACUGCUUUGAGCCUCCCCCGGACCAGCCUACUUAUGAUGAAUUAAUGGCAGAGGAGGAAGUAAGAGAAGCUCAUAAUGUGUUGGAAGCGUGUGCACAAACAGAGAGCAUAGACAAAGUGGUGUUUACCUCUUCUAUCACUGCUGUUAUCUGGAGAGAUGCCCGUAAUUCCAUGCCCUCUGAUUUUGAUGAAACACAUUGGAGCGACAUUAAUCUUUGUAGAAAGUUCAAGCUGUGGCAUGCUCUAGCAAAAACCCUAGCCGAGAAGACAGCAUGGGCACUGGCCAUGGAUAGAGGCGUGAACAUGGUCUCCAUAAACGGAGGGCUCCUCAUGGGUUCUGAUCUUACAAUCACAAACCCUUAUUUGAAAGGAGCGGCUGAGAUGUACGAAGAUGGCGUAUUCGUAACCGUUGAUCUUAGGUUCAUCGUGGAUGCCCACGUAUGCGUCUUUGAAGACACGUCAGCAUAUGGAAGAUACCUGUGCUUCAACCAAGGCAUCACUUGCCACAAAGAUGCCCUUAAGCUUGCUCACAUGUUACUGCCACCCUCCAAAUCUUCGCCUCCUCCAAGCUUGGAGGAUACAAAAGUCUAUCAGCAGAGGAUAAGCAACAAGAAACUGAACAAAUUAAUGGUGGGUUUGAUCUAAAAGUGGCCCUCAUCAGUUUGAUUGAUUGCAGCCUCACAAUCAUGAAGAUGCCAUCAUCAUCAUGUGUUUCUCUCUUUCUCUACUUUUUGUUGUUUCAGGCAAAUUUCAAUGAUUUGCACAAAUUACUCC